UCCGGUCCGGCGCCUCCGAAGCCCAGGGAUUUUUCUCAAUUUCCCAAAGGGCUGGCCACCAUCUUUUUGAGGCUAAAUCUAACCCAUAUUCUUUCCGAAAUGGAGGCAAAAAUGGGUGUGGGUGACCCUAGCAGAUGGCAAACUGCAGUUUGAGAACAAGUGGGGGGUUCUUAUCCGGCGGCGGGUUAUGCCGAUUCUGAACGAGGGAACCGAGUAUGCUGCCAACCUUAUCGCCGAGGGCUCGCCCUUUUGGAUGGGCCAUUAUGUUGGUGAGGAUGUGUUGGUUAUGCUUACAUUUUCAUCAGGGGGUGAGAAGAUGACUUCUAGGCUUGAGCGGUUGGCUGCAAAGGCUGGCUCAUCACCAGGGGCCUUGGUUAGGAAGGUCCAAACCCGAGGUUCCAUAGAAGCCGCCCUUGGGAAGUCUGGAAGGGGACCACAAAGAGAUGGCACUGCGACUCUUGCAGCGCCGGCUGCAGACCUCCGUCCCCCUUUGAGGAGGGGGCCGGGAAGAGGCUGGCAUCCAGCCCAUCCCCUUGCCGAAAGGGAAGAAGUCCCGAGCUGCGAAGAAUCCUGCUCAAGCUGUUAUUGAGUUAGACUCUGAUUCUGAGAGUCGGUCCUUUGAAGGUGGCAGUCGGGGGGACGCCCCGAGACCUAUCAAUAAAAUCUGUUUGUCUCUCUAUUCUGAUUCUGCCUCUCUGUUUCGUUAGACAGUCAACCCAGUCUCCUUGGCCUUAAUUAUCACUCCUCCGGUGGACGCAGC